AUGGACUUGUACCUAAGCAACUGUUUAAAGGUUGCUGAAGCUGCUGUAGCCAAGGGGGUUUCCGGCAACCAAAAAACAGAGCAAAACACAUGUAGUACCAUGAAAGAGAGACCUACCAUUCCAAAGAUUGGGCCAUCUCGUCUGUUGGAUUUACCCCUUGGGGCCAAACUGCCCAUUAUCCCAGGAAGUACUAAUAUAUUCUACACAACAAAUUUAUGUGAAACGCUUUUCCAGCCUUCUUUUGAUUUUAACCUUAAUGACCAGUACUGUAAACUAAUGGAAACCACCUACAUAAGUCUUCAUGAUCCACACUUAAAAGUAUACUUUAAACGAAAAGACAUUAUCAAGAUACUAAGAAAAGGAGGCUACAUCACAGGCAAUAUUAAAGAUAUAUGUUCCUUAAAAGAGCUGAAUAAAUACAGACACUAUCUCACAGCUUUAAAAACUGACUUUGAACGAAAGUAUAUAAGAGAACAAAAAAUUAUAGAAAAUCUGGCAAGAAAACUGAAUGAAGAGAGACAAGCCUGUGACGACAAUGCUGCUACAGCUGAAUUUCAGCAGUGGCUGUUACAGCGGAAAAAACUUAACCCACAUACAGCCCGAUUAUUAAAACUCAGACAUUUGCACAUGAUUAAAAAAGAACUAGACAAAAUUGAAAACACCUCGGAAAGACGGAAUACAGUACAGUUGAAGGAAGAAGACAGAGAACAUUGGGAUAAUGUUAGGAAAGUUCUGAAUGUACGCUCACAAGUUGAAGAGUUAAAGGAGAUGACACUUCUGACAAAGAUCGGGGAAGAAGCUCAGAAAGAGAGAAGAGUUGAAGAACAUCGUCGGAAAAUCAGAGACGAAGUUAACAGAAAGAAACAGGUAAUGCUACAGAAAAGGAUUGCCUACCAUUUAGAAAAACUGCAAAAGAAAGAUAGUAAAGAAGAAAAGCUGGAAGCAAGUUUCCCUGAAAGUAAAAGACAUUCUGAAUCAGGUUGUGGACCAGAGGUUCUGUGGAUUGCUCUGAAACCUGUCACCCCUAAGAACCUCCUGAGGAUCAAGGCCAGUGCCAGUGUUAUUCAUCUCCUCCCUUUGGUCUUGCGCCUUUGA